AUGCUUUGUUCCGUGAUGACGUCAGGUCAGCUGACCGUUGCUGUUCGUAGCAGAAAGAUGUCGGCCACGACCUGCCGAAGGAUGAAGGCUGGUUUUACCUUGGCGUUUGUUGUCUGCUGUCUUUCCUCAGCAGGUGUCCAUGGGGACAGCUUCACAGUCCUUCAGGCUCCGGAGUUUGUGUCGUUCCAGAAGGGCGACUGGCCCGUUUCUGGAGAGAAAGUCCCUGAUGUGGUGGCUUUGACUAUGGGCUUCUCUGUUCAAGAGGAUCUACAGUGGCCUGGCCUGCAGGCCGGUCCGUUGUUUCAGCGUCCCCGGGCUAAUGUGUUGAUUGUGGUGAGAGGAGUCGACAGUCUGUCGUUUUCUCAGCCUCUGGCCUCUUACCCCCUGGAAAAUCCUGUACCCUUUACACUGGACGGCGUGGCAGAGACGGUCCACUCUUUGUUUUCCGAGUACACCCCUGUAGUGCUACAACUGGCCCCGAGUGAAGAGCGGCUGUACAUGCUUGGCAAGGCCAAUGCUGUGUUUGAGGACCUACCGGUCACCUUACAGCAGAUCCGUGCUCGCCUGUCCCAGGAUGGCUCUGUGCUGACUUCCCUUCCCCUCAACUCCCUUAGCAGAAACUCAGAAGCCGAUUUGCUCUUCCUGUCUGAGGUUCAGGUUCUGCAUGACAUCGCGGCUCUGCUCCAGAGGCACAGACACUUAGCCAAGGACUUCUCCCCUGACCUGUACUCUCUGGAGCUGUCUGGCCUGGAGGAGCUAAGUCGCCUUUAUGGCAAAGACUCUCCUCAGUACCGCGACGCCACAGCCAUUCUCGCCUCCGUCCUCCAGAAGUUUGGAGAGGACAUGUUUCGGCUCUAUGGCAACAGGGCUGUGGUGGAGGUUGUCACCGUGAAGACCUUUGAAGCCCCUUUGACCAGAAAGUCCCGUUCAAUCCUGGAAUCCAAACAGAUUAGUAACCCGGGCAGCCCUUACAACCUGGCUUAUAAGUACAACUUUCAGUACGCUGUGAUCUUCAACAUCGUGCUCUGGCUGAUGAUCGCUCUCGCCCUCGCUGUCAUCGUCAUCUCUUACAACCUGUGGAACAUGGACCCAGGAUAUGACAGCAUCAUCUACAGGAUGACCAAUCAGAAGAUCAGGGUGGACUAAGUUCAGCCGUCACCAUCCCUACUGCAUCCUUAGAGUUCUUUAGUGAAUGUUUGUGUGAUGUCUUGUGUAGUGAAAAAAAAGCAAGUAUCUGUGACAGUUUGAUUAGAGGAAGAGCGCCACACUGGAUUAUCUUUGUUUACGGCACUGAUAUCGUGAAAUGUUAACGUUAAAUAAUAACAGAUUAAAUUAGUGACUCUUUAGCUGGUCUGGAUGUUAUCCCCUGGAGUUUACUCUGAAUAAAUGUUGCCUUCCUCCUUUCAGCUUCACAGCUCAAAUCAUUCCUUCCUUUAACUUCUAACAUUUUUCUCCCUGAUGAUCGCAAGUGUUUUUUUGUUUUUUUAUUGUAAAAAAUGUAUGUUAAGAAAUUAGGGUUUCUGUAUUUUUGCUGUAUGAAACUGUUAAAGGUUUAAGUUAAAGAAAAGUUGAUGUGUGUGUGUGUAUAUAUUGAAAAUACAAAUAUAUGAGAAUCUAUGUUGUUAUCGUUUUGCUGUUUUCCUCCUCAAAUAACAGGUAUUUGUUGGACUAUGUAAAAACCGGGCCCUGAUGUUUGCCAUUAAAAUUGAAAUGGUAUAAAAGAAGCUCUGUAAACUGCAAUAAAUGCUUAAUAAUAAAUUAUUACAUGUAU